UUCCAGGUUCAGUCGUCUAUACAACAAAACAGCGGUACCUUCUAUCGAGCCGAAAGGUGUUUGUCCUCUGUACUUGAAGGUGAAAUUGUGUGGAGCUGUACCAUGAGUGCUGAUGCAGAUAUUGUUCGUUCAUCACUUGAGAAGCUGCUUCAUGAUCAUUCUCCAAGUGCUGACACAAGCGGCAUCGAUGAAAUUGUAGUGAGCUACGUAAGUGGGGUGUUGGAAGAAGUAGCCGUGGAUGACGAGGAGGUGGACUCUGCUGGCAUGAAGGAUGUGAUGGCUGCCUAUGUGCCAGAAUUUGAUGCUAUUCCAGAAGAUGCCAUCACCUCCUGGGUCAUUAAUAUGGUGCAUGUUAUCAACCAGGAGAAGAGUAAAGCGAAAGCAGGCAAGGAUUUAACAUUAGAUGCUCUGAUAUCAUCAUUUCCUGUGGAGACCCGCAAACAUUGCAACUCUCAGUCCAUAAGUGAAACUAGUGAAAGAUCACAGAAACUCUCGGAGACAUCAAAUGGAUCUGAUGAACAAAACAGUACUAAUGGUGAUGAGCAGGAUGAAUACUCAGAAGGUUUGGCAACCUUACUUGAAAUGUUUCCUGGAACCUGCAACUUAGAAGUUCAGCACUGUCUGGCCACUUGUGGAGGUGACUUAGAACAUGCUACGACCCUCAUACUCCAGCGCCAGGAACAAGGAAUCAAUAUCAAGACAAGCACCACUAGCAAGCUUGUGCCUGGAGCAAAAGGUAAUAAGAAUCAGAUUGAUGACAAAGAAGUGAGAACCUCAAUCCUCAACCGAUAUGGAUUUGUUGAUCACGAUGAUGAUGCCCGAGAACAUAGACCUGUGGCUCCUAAAUGGGAAGGAAAGAAGAUGGUACGUUACCGUGACAACAAAGUUGUAAGCAUCAAGGGGGAGCGCUACACUGAAAUCAAGAAGGAUGAGUCCACUGAUAUGAAGAAGACUUAUGUGCACCUUAAACCAGGCAAGCAGUAUCGAUUCCACUGAUCCACAGGGUACAAACCUUACUAUGUUGCCGCUGCCCAGUAUCGCCUGUGUGAAAAUAACGUCACAGGUUUGGGCCAGGGCGGUAAGGUUUGUUUUUGUCGUCAUUGUUGGAGUCAUUUGUGUUGCAGACUCAGUCCACAGUGUCAGAGAAGAAGAUGUGGACAUGUAGAAGGCUUGAGUGACAUCUUGAUGUUAUUCGUGAGUUCCCAGGAGCUUUUAGCUUGUAAUCUCUUUAGAAUUCUCAUAACUUUUCAGUGUUGUUUGUUAGUGUUAUCUAGUUACUGUAUUGAUGUCAGUAAUUGUAAUGUUUUGUUGAAAAUGCUUCAUAGAUACCAAAGAAUUCAAAGAAUUUUUAGUGUAAUGUCUGACAAAAAGGACUGCAAAGUAAGAGACAAGAUAUAUUCUGAAGUAUCCUCAGUGUUAUUAUCUAACAGUGGAAAACUAGUAUCAAAAACUUCAAUUAAAUAUAUGGAAAAACUUUAUCUAAUCUUGAUAAAUAUUAUACUUGAACAAACUUGUGUCAUAAUUGAUAUUCUGUGGUAUGUAAGGAUUAUUUGUAAAAUAUCAAUAUUUAAUAAGAUUCUUGUAUUUUCAUAUGUAGAACAGUUUUUUCUUAAAUAUUUAAGUGAACAGAUCAUAGGUAGUAAACUAAGUAAUUUUGCAUACCUUUUUCACAUCAUAAUAUUACCAUUUGAGCAAUUUAAAACUCCCAUCAGAAUCUCUUUAGAUUAUCAAUGAAUUCCAAACCGUAUACAAGGAUGUAAAUUCAGAAGUACUGUAGGUUGAUGUGGAUGGGUAUGCUAGUUACAAAUGAUCUAAGUCAAUUUGCACAACAUAAAAGUUGGUUUUAGAAGUAUCAUUCCUAGAAGGUGAUCCUUGAUAGCUGCGGUAGUUGACAUUUUCCACAAUAUGUAAAUUUUCUUUGCAAGGUUAAACUUGUAAUUAUGUAUACAGUACAUUUUCUUAGCAGGGUUACUUGACAUUGGUAAUUAUUUGCCAUAUGUGCUAUCUUAUCUUAGUGUAGAUAAUAUGUUGUGGUUUAUAGCAGCUAAUAUGCUUAUUAACAUAUUGAGAAUUCUUCUUAAGUUACAUUGUAAACUGGAAUGAAUGGAAUGGACCAAAGCUUUAAUUUCACUCAGUAAAUUACUAUAUAUAUUAUUUGUGGAAUAAAACUAUCAUAAUAUCAAAGGUCAUUAUGGACUUAUUGCCAGAUGUAAAUUGUCUUUUUGUCUAGUAAUAGUCAUCAAUAUGGGUGUCUUGUAGUUAUGGCCCCAAGAACCACUAAGCAUGGGUUUAUUACAGAGAUGUCACAGUAUUUUGGCUUUUGUAUCAAUUGAACUGGACUAAUAUUUACAAGCUCUCUUGUUGGCAAAGUUAAGUGCUCGAGGAGUUGAGCAGCCUUUUAGUUUGUAUUAAUAUCAGAUAAUGUGAAAUUAUCUAAACUGUGUAAUUAACCAUUUGAUCAGUAUUUUUUGUUAGAUAUAUACUGUACCAUAAUUGAAUGCUGAUGAAUUGUAUACUGUAUAUACUUAUAUAUAGCUAAGAAUUACUGCUGCCCUGCAUUGUACCAGGACAAGGCUUGGAUGAGCAAGGCAAAAUUAAUCCAGUUCACUUACAAAGCCAUCAUAUACCACUUUAUAUCAAAAUGUUUGAGUGUUGGUAUGGUUGAUUCCAUAUGCAUCUUUGAUCACUUUUAGGUAUUGCUUAGCUGUAUAUUAUUAAUAGUUAUUUAUGAUUAAUGUAUUGUACAAUUAAUAUGUAGACCAGGGCAGACUUUGGCUCAAUUUUGAGUUCAUUUAUUUAUUUUUACUUGGACAACUAAAAAUGAUCUACCGUUUUAAUAUGUGCUAAUUAUAUUAUUAAUAUAUCAUGCAGCAAUGGACCUGAUACCAUAUUAUAGAAGACAUGAUACUUAAAUCAUUUAUUAGUAUAUAUUUUGAUUGUGGUUACCCAACAUCAGAGCUAAAAAAUACCUGUACUAAUUGUAAGAGAAGUGAUUGAUAGUUAUCCAAAAAAAUUUACAUUCCAGUGGCUGUAAAUAUGAGUAUUACUUUGGAGUUUUUCUUCAAGUUUGUUAGAUGUUAGGAUGUUCAGUAUUAACAUUAAGCAUGUUGUCAGAGUUGUUGUAACAUGGCUUGAGCCAAGGAUUUCUGUGCCCUUAUCAGGAACUUGUGAUUUGUAACAUAUACUGUUUUGGUUUGUUCCAUUACUGUCUGGCUAGUCUACAUACUGUACUGUGUAAUUUCCUCUAUUAUACUACAGUAUUGUAUUAGCUUUUUAGUUGAAAUAUGAGAUGCAAUAAUUAUUAUGAAAUUGAAAAUAUCAGUACUGUAUAGAUAAACUUUUAUUUUAGUAAAAUUUUUGUAUGAUCAUUGAUGACAUUAUUUCACAGUAGAACUUCUGAAUAUUGGACUAGUUUGAGCAGAGGAUGUUCAGUCUUGAGUAGAACAUAUUUUGCAGUGGGCCAGUUUGUGCACAACUUUGUUGUGGGCAAUACUAAACAAUGUUCCCUGAGCAGGACAGGACUACCGAUAAUCAGGUAGAAAUGUUCCACAAAUACAAGACGAUGAUUUUACCCUUGUUCAUAAUCUUGUACUGUGUUGUACUUGGGGGUUCCACUGUACAGUACAGUAUGCUGAAAAAUAUAUAACAAGUUUGGAAAUUAUGUAAUGGCCAGCAUGACAGCAUCUUGUAUUUUUUAGAACUUUAAUAAUGUUUUGUUUCUAGGAAAAUGGGAAACUAUUAUUUUUUUACAAUAUUGCAGCUAAACUAAAUAUUUUCUAAUCUCA